AUGUCAAUCCCAUCACGAUUCCGGUUCCACUCGCUGCUGGUACUGCUGGUGCUCGUAUCGAUCGUCGCCACACAAUACGGUACCCGUGCCGCCAUACUGACGCGUGCCAUCGAAGCCCAGAAAUCGUUGGUUGAACGGGAAGAACAGGUGCUCCAGGAGGCGAAAGAUCAGGUGUACCGGACGGCACAGAACGCGAUUGAUGUGUCGCGUGAUGCUGUAUCGAACGUGGCCGACCAGCUCCGCUACGUUGUCACCUAUCCGUGGCGUGUCGCUAGCGAAGCGCUUGAGAAACCGAAACUGUACGCAAAGUACAUGCUGAACAAGGCAUCCAACGCGAUGAACGGCGGUGGAGACGAGGCAACGCCCAUUCCCGUAGCGCUGUCGAACGAGUACACGUCCCAGGAACCGCAGCCGACCGAUACCGAAAUGUUGCCACAGUGGUUUAUGGGUUUGCGAUCCCUGUUCAACACGGAACCGGCGGAGCCAAACAAGGAUCUUCCGAAGCCAAGCCCCUUCAUCGAGGUGAUUGAAAUUAAGCAAAAACCUUCGGAAACUCUCGUCCCGCUGUCGUCGGACAGUGAGCUCGACACGAAACCAGAGAAGGAAGUCAUUCAGCUGUAG